CAAUAUUCACCACGUCUUCACUUUACGAAGUGGCGUCUCGAAAUUACGAUUCAGAUCUCACAAGCAGCCUCACGUGGAAUAGCCUCAGAAACUUCAUCAGCGAACCCAACAUGCGAUCCAGAAAAGUCUUAUCCCGACCGCUCCGGCGAGAAGUAAAUGUCGACACUUACGAGGCACAACCUGAGUGUCGACUUCUUCAGCUACCCGCAGAGCUUCGCACGACCAUCUACGAAUUAGCCCUCACAUCCAAAUCGGGAAGCAUAACAAUCGACUUCUCCAACCCGCCUCCCAAAUUCUCCGGCAGCAAGCUUCUUUCCGACAUCAUCAAGUCUUCAGCUUUAACUCGAGCAUGCAAGCAAAUCCGACAGGAAACUCGAGGCAUGCUUCAAACCUUGAACACCGUGAGAUUUCAUCUCCCACUUUGGCCUCAAAACGGAUCUGUCACGAGACUGGAUGGCCCCACGAUGCAUCAUCUUGAAGAAGCUUUAUCACCCAGACGAACGUCGUCAACUUCUCAAUCAUCUUUCCCUGCAUGGAAAGCGAUGGAAGUCGAUCUUGGCAGACUUCCGAUCCUCAGAUUCGAGCCGGCCUUCCGAGGAUGGUAUAAUGGGGAGCAAGCGCUGAGUCGACUUCGAGGCACCUUUCCUGGCAUGACUUUGAGACUUGAAGUUUGGAAUGCUGAGACGGAUCGUGCGACAGUCAUAAGAAUGCGUAUGACAGGCGUUGAAGAUAUUGCGAGCAGCUUGGAGGAAGCGAAGUCAAGCGGUCAGCUUCCAGAGAGAGAUUUUGCUUGCUUGAAGGAUUUGAUGGAGUUGGAACGGAUCAGGAGAGUAGUUGUUGGUGCGAGAGACUGAACUUGACUCUCUUCUUUGACUUGCAGUGGUACCUGAGGCAGCAGUGUUUGCUUGCCCGCACGCGUCUGGCUCGCGUCAGUUGCGAAGUGACAAACGGCACUGCCGCACACACCUUUCUCAAUUUUGACCCACCCAGCUCUCUUCAAAACAACAUUGCCCACUGCGUGAGGUGGUUAUCAAGACCGCCAUGAGGUCCGAUUGAACAACAAGCACUACAUCAACCGCUUCACGAUCCGAAGGUGCGCUUUCUUCCAACGCGAAGGCACAGCCGCGGCUCUUGCUGACUCUUUUGCCGCCCCCAGUUU